GUAGGUGGAGAGGGGGUGACCUCUCGGCAGGACUGCAGCUGACAGCCUCUGGGGAGCAGAGUCGGGGCACCCCGUGUCCGCAGCUGGUGGGAAGGUCAGCCUGGGGACCGGGAAGGCCGCAGCAGCACCCCAGCCCUGCCGCCCAGGGGCUCCGUGGCCGAGGGGCACCUGCCAUGGCCGGUGAGGCUCCGCAGCCCUCCUCCCCAGCGCGGGGCAUGGGGCUGUUCCAGGCGGGCACGGGCAAGCUGCAGCGUCAGCUGCGCAGGGGUGAGUUCGACCUGUUCCGGCACGUGCCCGUGUUCGAGAGCGACUUCAUCCAGAUCACCAAGCGCGGGGAGGUGAUCGAUGUGCACAACCGCGUGCGCAUGGUCACGGUGGGCGUCGCCUGCACCAGCCCCCUGCUGCCGCUGCCCGAUGUCAUGCUGCUGGCCCGGCCGGCCGCGGGAGAGGGGGACAGGGGCCGGGGCCGGCGGGCCAAGGCGCUGGAGCUCACCCGCCUGCUGCCUCUCAAGUUCGUCCGCGUCUCCGUGCACGACCACGAGAAGCAGCAGCUGCGGCUCAAGUUCGCCACCGGCCGUUCCUGCUACCUACAGCUGUGCCCGGCGCCCGACGCCAAGGCCGAGGGUCUCUUCCAGGACUGGGAGAAGCUGGUGCACCUGCUGCGGCCGCCGCUGGACAGCCUGAGUGGCGCCUACACCACGCCGGCCCGGGACACCGAGUGCCUGCCACUGCUGGGCCAGGAGGAGCGCACCAGCCCCGCACCGGCCGACGAUCAGGACCGGGUCAGCGUCAGGAGCCUGGCCGCUGGCUCCGAGGUGGGGGGGGCCACCUCCGCUGCUUUCUCGGGGGGCGAGAACCUGGCCUUCCCCCCAGACUCCGUCCGGUCCCCUGCAGAGCCCCAGGAGGCCGCCUCUGACGCAGAAUCUGCGACCGGCACCUUGGACGUGGCCCUGGCCAUCCCCCACCCUAGCGUCCCCUGGGGGCUGAGCACAGACAAGCUGUGGGAAGAAGCGGGGUCCCCGAGGGACAGCCUGACUGGCCCGGACAUCGCCCAGGUGGCCGCCACGUGCUCCCAGCACUCAGAAGCUGCCCUGGUGGGGCUGGCUGACCAGGGCCCUGAGGACAUCGAGGUGGUGGACGAGGCUGGGGCAGGGGCUACCCGCAGGGCUGGGGGUAAGACAGCCAAGGAGCCCUCAAGGUCGGAUGAGGACACCCUCAUUUCCAUCUUGCCCGAGUCCAGGGAGAGCUCUGAGGUGACCAGGGUGCCCUGGGCGGCGAGGGCCAGCCGCAAGGCCAGAAGGGAGCGGCGCGAGCGCAGGGAGAAGGAAAGACGGCCCAGGGGCUCCCGCCACCACCGCAGGGCCCCCGAGAGCCGCCACAAGGCGGGCAGUGACAAGAACCCACGCAAGGUGCCCGGCGGCCGGCCCCGCAGGGCCUCGGGCGAGGACAAGAGGGACAGGGGCCUUGGCAGCGCGGGGGGCGGUUGGCGGGGCCCGGCGCACAAGGGCAUGGGCCAUGCGCCCACCGGCAAGGACUCCCGCCCCUCCCACAAGAGCAGCAGAAGCCUGUCCCCCUCCAGCUCCAGCUCCACCUUCAAGCGGCUCAGCCGGGUCAGCUCCUUCCUGCGGACCAUCAAGGUCAGCCUCACAGCCAGGACCUCGGCCUCCCUGCCAGAGCCAGAGAAGCCCCUGCCCCCUCUGCCCCAACGCCACAGCAUGGAGGUCAUCCUCAAGAGGCCGGAGGACGGGGGCCCGGCACCUGCUGCGGGAGUGGGCCUGGUGACCGCAGUGACCGUCGGAGCUGAGUCCUAGGGCCGAGGGGUCGCGCCCGGCCUGGCACGCCUCACGCGGCUCCAAUAAAGAGAGGUGUCGUC